GGUCUCACCGGCCCCAUGUUACCCGCAGGUAUUAUCAGUGCACGUAUCGGGGCAAUGGCCACUACAGCUACUGACGACGCCAACACCUUUCCCAACCUCCUUUGCGAUUACCGCCUUGAACUACCAUGCACCUCCACUUUGAUUGUCAAUCUGCACAAACCGAUAGUGGACUGGAAAUCCAGCCAGACCCUCCCCGACUAUUAUGCAGUGAAGAAGUUCACGGCAUGCUCAGUAAAUACAGCAUGCAUGGCAAGAGCGGCGCUUUGCAAGCUUUCAUCCUCGAUCGCAUUCGCUGACGCAACUGCCAAAUGUCCCCGCCGUCCACGGAAUCUUGCCCUAAAACUCCCCUCGAAUAAUCUUGUGCCUUGUACUGCCAUUGGCGGAGCUUUCGAAUGUAUCACUCGAACCAGUGGCAAGCCCGGCCACUAUCCUAGCUGUAAGGUAUUGCUUGACAACGGGGAACAGAACUGAAAGACGUUGUGUCACAUAAUGGACUGUUGGCUAAGUGGUGAUAGACGACCACAAAGAGAACUGAAGAUACUUCCACGGGGCGAAUUGGCUGGCCUACUGGUUCAUCACUCGUUCAAUUCUCCCCCACCAUUGCACACAGGCACUGGGAGGAAAACACUAGAAUUACUCACCGCACAUGUCAGCGUGGACCUGUCAUUUGCGAUCCAUGUCCUUGGAGAGGGGCCUUCGUCAUCAGUUGCGCGAGCAUCCUCUCCCUCACAGGUGCUUUUUCGGGCGCACAGCGUUUGCAUUUAACGACGUUCUCAAGCAGUUAGCGUAUCUCAUCUCCCAUUCAUUUUAUGACUGAGCUAUACACAACACCCAAGUCCAUUCCAGUCAUUGAUUAGUCAAUAUC